CAUUCUGCAUUAGUUGUCGGUCGCGAGUGGUUGUUACUGGGAAGCGAGCGUUUAUCUCCUCUCUCUCUCUCUCUCUCUCUGUGUAUAUAUCUCUACCUCUUCCCAAUUAAUUAUAUCGGUUUAAAUAUUCGAAAGCAAGGCAAUGUCGAAAUUUGAAUUGAAAAAUCUGGACGAGUGCUUGAAGAAGCACUUGCCAGAGGACGAACUAAAGGAGGUCAAGCGCAUUCUGUAUGGCGUGGAGGAGGAUCAAAUUCUAAAGCUACCUGUGGAUGCUAGCGCCACCGCAGCGCAGCAUGGCUUCGAGAUCGAGGGCUAUCGCUUUGGGGCGCGCGAGGAGCAGCUGCGCCAGCCGCGUCUGGUGCGAGUGGGCGCCAUCCAAAAUUCCAUAGCGCUGCCGACGACGGCGCCAAUUGGGGAGCAACGCGAGGGUAUCUGGAACAAGGUGAAGGUCAUGAUCAAGGCCGCAGCGCAAGCGGGCUGCAACAUUGUGUGCACCCAGGAGGCAUGGACCAUGCCAUUUGCCUUCUGCACGCGCGAGAAGUUCCCUUGGUGCGAGUUCGCCGAGGAGGCGGAACGUGGACCCACAACAAAAAUGUUGGCGGAGCUGGCCAAGGCAUACAAUAUGGUCAUCAUACACUCGAUACUGGAGCGAGAUGUGGAGCAUGGCGAGACGAUCUGGAACACGGCUGUGGUCAUUUCGAACAGUGGUCGUUAUAUGGGCAAGCAUCGCAAGAAUCACAUACCACGAGUGGGCGACUUCAAUGAGUCCACCUACUACAUGGAGGGCAACACGGGGCAUCCAGUUUUUGAGACGGAGUUUGGCAAAAUAGCCGUCAACAUUUGCUAUGGUCGCCAUCAUCCGCAGAACUGGAUGAUGUUCGGUGUGAACGGUGCGGAAAUUGUCUUUAAUCCCUCGGCAACCAUUGGGCGACUCUCGGAGCCGCUGUGGGGCAUUGAGGCACGCAAUGCGGCCAUUGCCAACAGCUAUUUCACGGUGCCCAUCAAUCGUGUCGGCAGCGAGCAGUUCCCCAACGAAUACACCUCUGGUGAUGGACAACCGGCCCACAAGGAUUUCGGACCCUUCUACGGCUCCACAUAUGUGGCAGCGCCAGAUGGUUCCAGAACGCCGAGCUUAUCCCGCUGCAACGAUGGUCUGCUGGUCGUAGAGCUGGAUCUCAAUUUGUGCCGCCAGGUCAAGGACUUCUGGGGUUUCCGCAUGACGCAGCGACUGCCACUCUAUGCCGAAUCAAUGCAACGUGCCUCCGAGCUGGACUUUAAGCCUCAGAUCAUCAGGGAGCAGUAAAGAAAGAAGCUUAUCAUUUUUAAAAACCAAAUACAUACAUUCAGUUAAAA